AGAUGCGCUCAAUGCUCAGUCAAGUGCGUCAGGAUUUGGAUAUCAAGGACGAAUCAGAGGGUGCUGAUUUCUCACCACUAGACACAACUUCCUCCCUAGAGUCACGUCUUCAUACCAAGUACAGCCGAGGAAGAAUUGGGGAGCAAACGUUUGGAUCCACCAUGGACUCUCAAAACACAUAUAACUUCAGAGACACCUCGUCAGGGGAUAUGUUCAGUACCAUCCAUUCCGAGAAUGACGAUCUGUCCGCCACACAGGCACUGAAGAGCUACCAGUUAGACAUAACAAGACAUGUAGAAAAUGACGAGGGGAAUGAAAGUCCAGGAGAAAUCGCCCAGUCAGAGGAUGAACUCGGAAAGACAGCUCAUGGCCUGGAGGCUGAUAACAAGUCUGUCAAAUCAAGCAAGUCAGCAAAAUCCUCCAAGUCAGCUCACAGCAGUGCUCAUCUUCCUGAUGACAGAUCUGUGAAGUCAGGAAAGUCAUCAGGGCAACGGAGUGUAAAAUCAUCCAACCAUAUCCAGGAUCAUCAGUCUAUAAAGUCUGAAAAGUCGCAGACAAGUCAGAAGAGUGGAGGCUUCACAACAGCACCUCGACCUAGGGCCUUGUCUCAGAAUGAGGAUUUUACAGAAUCGUCAGAAAACCAGUCCACAAUACACGGAGAUGAUGACGAUGAGGAUGCAGAGUAUGAGGAGUCGGGUACAGAGGAUGGGAACAAGGCCACGCACAGGACCGACGAGGAUGACUUCUAAUACAUCCACGGAACAAUGUCACUCAUAGGACCAACGAGGACGUCUUCUCGUGGACUCCGUCACUUAAAGGGGUUUUUAAGAUGAAUGUGAUAGAUUUUAGGAUAGGAUUUAGAUCCAGAGAGGGAGUUAUUAGCUGCACAUUUUACAGAUCUAGAUAUUUUGUUUUUAUGGAACAUAAAAUGUACAUAUUAGGGGUAUUGUAGAUGUUAGUAAGUUUUCAUAGAAUAUGAUUUAAUAUUGUCCUACAAUAAAAAAGAAAUUUUACUGCUGAAGGUCGUAAGUAUUAAACAGACAUUAUUAGGAAUUUUUUUAGCACAGAAAAGGUUUUAUCAUUAGGUUAAUGGCUUACUAAAUCAUUCAUUCACAUUGACUAUUACAAGGAAAUUUCAGGGAUUUUUUGUAGAAUCAGUGUUACUGUUAGGUAAAUAUGUUUGACACUGUAUCGGCCUCAGAGAUAAUUAAAAGUUUGACAUGAAUGGAACAUGACAUUCAUUUUCGGUUUUACAGAAUGUAAAUAUUUUUUUUACAAUGUACUUUCAUUUUACUUGGUAGAUCCAGGGUUAUGUUUUAAAGUAAGAUGAAACUGUUCUUUACUCAAGUUUGUAAGGAGAAGCAUUGUGCAAGUUUCACCAUAAUUAUAUUCAUCUCUACAUUGAGCAUGGUUGUCCCCAAGACUUGAAACAGGAAGGGGUAUUGGAAAAAUAUUUGGUUUCACUCCAUAUGGGGAGUUAAGGGAGAAUACCAAAAUAAUUCAGGGAGGGAAAGGGGGGUAUGUACAUCAUGAUGGUUUAAGGGACCACCCUGAUUAAUAAGGAUUUUAAGUCAUUUACACAUGUUCACAUAAAGUAUAGAGACUAUUAAUCAACAGAGGUGUGUGUAGUACAUAUUUGGUGUAGAUACUUAUAGUCACAUGGUGUUUCAUGUCACCUCAUUAUUUUUUUUAAUCAUCACAGUGCAAUGUUUCAUAUGUCUCAAACAUGAAGGAGAAAGAGCUUUAUUUGUUCAUUUUAAUUUUUAUUUUUAUUGUGAUAUUUUAUCCAAGAAUACUGUCAACAUGGAUUAGAGAUACAAAGACUCUCAAAAUAAUUUGCUGUCUCUUUAUACAGUAUUUUGAGAAUGUUUUAUUCCGUCCCAAAAGAAGUUCCCAGGUUUAUCUCAAAAAGACAUCUGUGAAUUUUGCUAUUUUUAAAGUAUAUUUGAUUUAUUUUAUAUGUGAUUGUAUAUAUCAUUGCUUAUUUUUUCAAAUUUAAUUAUACAUUUUUAUUUAUUUGAAAGAGUAUGCUUUCUUCUAUUUUCAUUUCUAACAACACCGUCCAUUGAUUUAGUUUCUUGUUGAAUUAAUGUAAAUGUUCUAAGCUUGAUUUGGAGUAAAGCUGUGCCGAUGUU